GGAAGUUAAAGUGCCCCUCAGCCCCUCCAGCGUCAUGUGGGGUUUCCCGCUCGCCAACAGCGUAGCCGCACUCGCCGACCCGCACCAACAGGUCCCCUACCUGCAGACCAAAAAAUAUAUAUCCGCGCGCCUCCACCAACCUCACCGAAUCCCUACGUUACAUACAUAUAUCCGCAUGUUAUCCCGCGUCUCACACAUCGCGCGCCACUUCUCGCGCCCACUACCGAACUACGCACAUACGUCUGCAGCUGCGGGCGGCAUGUCGGAGACCAGAAUGAUCCGCACGGCUGCGUGCCUGAUUAUCGGAGACGAGGUGCUGGGGGGGAAGACAGUAGAUACAAACUCGGCAUUCAUGGCCAAAUGGUGUUUCUCCCACGGCGUCGCCCUCCAGCGCAUCGAGACCAUCCCCGACGACGCCGACACCAUCGCCGAGUCCGCGCGCCGCCUGAGCGCCGCAUACGACUUCGUCAUCACGAGCGGCGGCAUCGGACCUACCCACGAUGAUAUCACGUACUCCGCGCUGGCAACGGCAUUCGGUGUCCCGCUCGUGCUGCACGAGGGCGCGUAUGCGCGCAUGCGCCGGCUGGCGAAACCGCACAAGUCGCAGCCGAACUUCGAUUGGACCGUAGACAGCGAGGCGCGCCGGGCCAAGGAGCGGAUGGUGCUGUUGCCGCUGUCUGGGGAUGGGGGGGAGGGCAAGGAGUGGAAGGACCAGGUGCUGUUCCCGGUUGAGGAGCUGUGGGUGCCGGUCGUGUGUGUGGGGGGGAAUGUGCAUGUUCUUCCUGGGGUGCCGAGUUUGUUUGAGAAGUUGCUGUUGGGUCUGGGGGAGUUGUAUGGGGAGAGGUUGGGAGAGGAGAUAAGCAGAGUCAUGAUUAGUACGCCGAUGAGCGAGAGUUCUGUGGCGCCAUACUUGGAGAAGCUACAGGCGAGGGUGGAGGAGAAGGGAGUGAAGGUUGGGAGCUACCCGCGGUUCGGGAAGGGGUCGAAUACAGUGACGCUGGUGGGGAGGGAUAAGGCGUUUCUGGAGAGCCUGGUGGACGAGGUGGAGAAGAAUGUAGAGGGGAAGAGGGUGUUGGUGGAGGGGGAAGAUGAUGUCGAGGGGACGCCUGCCCAGGGCAGCCAGUGAUGAUGAUGAUAUUUAUUUACGUCUAGCCGGACGCGGGUGUAACCCGCGUCCCUAAGACCUCCCUAAGCGUAUGGGGACGUGCUAAGCUAUGGGUUUAUGUACAGAGUAUGACCUUAGAGAGCAGUUCUUGCGUGUUUGCGUAGCUGUAAGGCCCGUUGACUAAGCGCCUUCCCUGCUAGUUGGGAUGGUCUUAGGUUUGCUAGGAGAGGGCAGUGCCUUAAGAGGUUCUCCCGAAAGGGGGUGUAUGCGGGACUAGUUGGUCUGAUGUUAUAAGCCACUACGAGUGUAGUGUGUAGUGUGCCCUACGGCCUUGCUACGGAGUUGCAGCUCUAUAACUUAGUAGCAGGUGGUAACAUAGUAGGAAAAGUAGGAAUAGGUGUCUUUAAACAAAGUAUAGUGUCGUUAAAGGGAGUGUAGGGGUG